UUCAUGACAGCUGGGGUUUAAUUUUUUUUUUUCUUCUACCAGAGCGGGGUUAGGUGUAGAAUGGUCCAAUGGAACUCGUCACGUGCAGGACCACGUUGAGCCAAUACCAGCCAAAUUCCUGCCACACAUUUUGAAAUUGACAAUUGUUGUGUCUCGUGCUGUUGUUCUUCCUUCUCCCCCAACCUCAAUUGUACGUCAUGACUACUCCACAGGAUCCUUUCCUGGAGAGAUCAUAUACGUCGUCGUCGUCAAUAUAUGCUCAAUCCCCCGGUUCAGAACUGGAUACUCCAUUGCUGGAGAAGGACAUUCAGCAACUACAGCAACAACCAGAUCCAGCUAUUGAGGCUGUCCUUCGACCAAGAACCUUGACUGCCUUGACUGUUCUUUUGCUUUGCUUACUCUAUGUGGCUGUCACGCCAGAUAUUGAUUCAACUGAAACCAAUGUUAAACUUGGUAUCACAGCUGCUAUUGCUUGCUUUGUGUUUAUUGGAAUGCUUCAGUUCCGAGAUGGACCUUUUGUCCGUCCUCAUGUCGCGUUCUGGCGAGCUGUUCUUAGCUUGAGCGUAUUAUAUCAAAUGGCUCUGGUCUUUUUCUUGUUUUUGAACAAGCAUCAGGCCCGACAAAUGCUUAAGUUUGUAUAUCCAGAAUUAGGUGUACCACUUCCUGAUCGAUCUUACGCUGAAGGUUGUGAGUUGACCAUGGAUAAUUUGAAGAAUCAAAUCGAUAUUUUUGUCUUGGCCCAUGUUCUUGGCUGGUACGCCAAGGCACUUAUUCUUCGAGAUUAUUGGUUCUGUUGGAUAUUAUCCAUCAUGUUUGAAGUUAUGGAAUAUUCGUUACAGCACCAAUUGGCGAAUUUCGCUGAAUGCUGGUGGGAUCAUUGGAUCCUGGAUGUUUUGACCUGCAACUGGCUCGGUAUUUAUCUUGGCAUGAAGACAUGCGAGUAUUUCGAAGUCAAGCACUAUUCUUGGGCUGGCCACUUGCGACAUAUCAAGGGUAUCAAAGGAAAGGCCAAGCGGGCGGUUCAGCAGUUUACUCCUCAUGACUGGACUCGCUUCGAGUGGAAGACAACUAGCAGCUUUAAGCAUUGGAUGGCCGUCAUUGCACUUCUUGUUGUGUUUUUGCAAUGCGAACUCAACUGCUUCUAUCUGAAAUACCUCGUUUGGAUUCCUCCGGAGCACCCUCUACUCACCUAUAGAUUAAUUCUCAUAUUCUUCUUUGCUCUUCCAGCAACGAGAGAGGCAUACCAGUAUUUGGUAGACAAGAAUACCAAACGCUUUGGACCUCAUGCAUGGGUUAUUCUUGCAAAUAUUUUCACGGAGACGCUUAUAUGUAUCAAGUAUGGCCGUGGCGAAUUCCCUGAGCCUGCUCCUCUAUCAGUAGUGGUGUUCUGGAUCGUCUUCACUUCCUCCCUUGUUCUCUACACUGUUUGGAAAUUUUGGUGGCUACCCAAAACGAGAAAGCAGAAGGCGGGUGGUGCGAAGAAGGAUGAAUAAAACUAUGUUGGUAAUCUCGGAUCAUUAAAUUAGUCACAAUAAUCUCCAAAAUCUACGUAUAUUUUUAUUUUAGUUCUAUGAAAAUAGCAAGUUUGUCAUCGGAACGUGGUCUUGUGGAAAGCUAGGUUGUUUUUAUUUGAUAUUCGGUGCAAAAUCAUCAUAUCAGCCGAUAUGAAUAUUGUGUUGUCGAAUGAUCUGCCACACUGAUGAUUGAAUUCGCUAACAAGACAUGAGACAGACAAGAAAAGUCGUUAAGCUAGUCACCGAAUUCCGCAUGGAAAGAACUGCUCUCCUUCAUUUCUUCUGAGCGAGUGACAUCUACACAAAAACAGGGAGUAUUAUUAGAUCGGUCGGCAGUGAAGCGUUUUGGGCGCCUUCAUUCUUGGUACCCGAGUAUG